UCUCCGUAUCUCGGCCACGAUAGAACAACUGGCGACCAAGAUGGGAUUUCACGGCGGCAUCGGCGGCAGCUCGGCACAGCGGCCAGUCAAGUAACAACGCAGCAUCGCGGAAGCCAGGAGCAAGCGUCACGGAAACGACGGAGGACGGAGAGGGCAAGAUCAACAGAACAGAUAAGUGCACUGUUUCGACCGACAUUAUGUCAACGCCUCAUCCUCAGCAACGCCUAGGAGGCAUGUCUGAGUUCAACCCAAAGAGCGACAACAUUAGGUCGUACUUCGAGAGGUUUGAACAUCUUGUUGACAUUAACGAAGUACCCGCGGCGAAAAAGCUGAAGUUGUUCUUGAACGUGGUGGGUGGUCAGGCUUACGAGGAGCUCAAGAAAAUUCUGGUUCCACAGAAGCCCACCGACAAAACUUUUGAGCAAGUGCGGGAGUUGCUAGAAGACCACUUUAGUCCGGAGUAUUCCGUAAUUGCCGAACGCUGCAAAUUCAACAUGCGAAUGCAACAGGAAGGUGAAAGCGUGAAGGAUUUUAUGACAGAAUUGAAGCACCUAGCACGCAACUGUGAAUUCAAGGCAUUUCUGAAUGAAGCUUUGAGAGACCGCCUGGUAGCAGGCUUACGCGACGAAGAGACUCGGAGAAUAUUGUUUGCUACGGAGGGUGUGACUUUUGAAGGCGCAUGUAAACUAGCUCUUGAAAAGGAACUCGCAUCGCGGCAAACCAGCGAGCUGCGUACAGCAGAAGCGAGACCGACAGAAGUUCACGCUAUCAGCGGCAGCACAUACGGGAAAACGCGCGAAACGCACACGUCACGAUUAAAGAAGAAAGGCGCAUCAAAGACGAAUCGCGGUUGUUAUCGCUGUGGGAAAUCCCACGCGCCUGACCGAUGCUGGUAUCGAAAUACGAAAUGCCGGGCGUGCGCAAAGACGGGACAUUUGGAAGCAAUGUGCCAGAAAAAAGAACCGGCGUCUGAUAAACUAUGUUGAUACGUCAGACGAUGACUCCGAAACAUCGCAAGUUUAUCACGUCGUGCUCUGUGCAGCAAGCGACAAGCGUGGGUACAAGGUUUCUGUAAACAUUGAAGGGAAGCCGAUCUCUAUGGUGCUGGA